AUGUUGCGUACAUUGUGCUAUCGAAUCAGUAUAACCAUACUCAACAUCUUCUUUCCACCUCUCGCCGUGGGACUCCUCGACAACUUCAGCACCGAUUGCCUCGUCAACAGCAUACUCUUUGUCUGUGGUGUGUUGCCUUCACAUAUACACGGGUUCUACAUAAGCUGCGUGUACUUCUCGCGUAGACACAAGGUGCGGAGAGGGAUAUACCCUGGCGGACGCAAAUCGUUCAUCUACACGGACACUAUCUUGAACGGAGGUGCAAGCAACGCAGAGGUGAGACGGCUGGCGGAAGGAGACAGGACGAGGAGCAGAAGAGCAAAGAGUCCGAGGGGCUGA